AUGGGUUCCCUUGGAUAUGUCCACCGACGCCCAUACCAACCAACUCCGGCCGACAUUACUAUCAAGAAUCGCGGCCCUCAAGAUCCACCCAAAAUUCUAUUUCGGAAUGUCCGCAUUCUCGACUCAACCGGCGCAGAGCCAUUUUGUGGUGAUGUACUGAUUGAAGGUGAGCGCAUCGUCUCGGUCGGCCAAGUUGAUACCACCGGCACCCAAGGAGUACUGGUCAUCGACGGUGGUGGCACCAAGACACUCAUGUCCGGACUGGCGGACUCGCAUACUCACCUCAGCUGGAACAAUGCGGCUACGCUGGAUGAACUCACCAGUCUUCCGCUCGAGGAACAUGUCUUGCAUACCGCAAACUCAGCCCGAAUCUACCUUGACCACGGCUACACAAUGUGUUUCGGAGCUGCUGCGGCCCAACCGCGACUCGACAUUGCCAUCAAAGCUGCAAUCAAAUCGGGAUUAAUCCCCGGCCCACGCACUUUGGCCAACUGUCCAGAGUUGACCAAGCCUGACGGAGCGAUCGUUCCUCAGAUCUCGCGCUAUGCGGAUGGGCCGGAGGAGAUGCGCAAGGUGGUUCGAGAAUUCGUCGAACUGGGCGCCGACAAUAUCAAGUUGAGUAUGACCGGGGACAACGUACAUCCUACGAUGCCCAGUGAGGAGACAUACUUCGAUCUGGAGGAGACGGUUGCGGCAGUGGAGGAGGCACAUCUCCAUGGUAAACGGGUCUGCGCCCAUGCUCGGAGUGCUGCAUCGGUCAAGCAAUGUGUGCAGGCCGGGGUCGAUGUCAUUUAUCAUGCAAGUUUCACGGAUGAGGAAGGUAUGGAUCUUCUCGAGCAGCACAAGGGCUCGGUCUGGGUCGCUCCGGCUAUCAAUCUCUUGUACGCGAUGGUGCAGGGUGACGCAGAGCCUUACGGAGUGUCGCCCAAAGUGGCCGAGCAGAAAGGGAUCACGUACGAGGUCGAGGUCGCUUGUCAAGCCAUGCGCGAGAUGCGUCGUCGGGGGAUCCGCGUCCUCCCUGGUGGUGAUUACGGGUUUGCCUGGGCCCCCCAUGGCACCUAUGCACGUGAUCUGAAGCACUUGGUGGAUCUGUUUGGAUACACGCCGAUGGAGAGCAUUCUGGCUGCGACCGCGAUGGCAGGCGAGCUCAUGGGCUAUCCGGACGAGCUUGGAAAAGUGCAGCCGGGCUAUUUUGCCGAUGUGAUUCUGGUAGAUGGCGAUCCUUUGCACGACAUCAGUGUCUUGCAGAACAAGGAUCGUCUACACACGAUUGUAAUCAACGGCCACAUUCACAAGAAUAUUCACCCGACAGGAGAGGUUCUGGCAUGA